AUGAAGCACUCUGGAGAAAGAGCAGGAUAUUACAACAGCGAGUCGAGAAGGAGAAACGACCUACAACGACUUCGCGGGACAGUCCGAGAAAUUGUAGAAGAACUCAAAUUUCUGCGUGAGAAGGUGAAGGAACUGGAGGUUGCUAACAGCAUGGGAAACAAAGAUCAACACUUGUCCCAGCUUUUGGAAGGGUUACUUGAUAAGAUGGCCCUUUCUGCUGAGAGAAGGAGGUCCAAGUGUCUCGAGCUAAAGGCCGCUGUGCUACAAAAGGAGCUCGACAAGACAGAGGCAUUGAGCGACUUCGAUAAAGCAUUCGACCUUCGUAAAGAGGAGCGGGCUCGCAACGGCCAAUCUCGACGUCUUGUACAGAUUGCUAGUGAUUUCAAAUAUGCAUGCGAUAGGAUAAAAUCGGUCAAUGCAGCGAUAGGUAAAGCCGAGGAGGAAAUGGAGACAGCAGAGCAGAACCUUUUGCAUUUGCUCACCUUUACGGGCGUGAACGGGCUAAAUAUCGACACGAGUCUUCCAGAUUGCGCGCAAAUAUGCUUUCGCACUUCGGUUAGCCCUGAUUGCAGUGAGCCGAGUUGCUUUUGUGCCUCCGCUACCUUUCAAAAUGACUUGAUACCCUGCCUGAAGAGCCAUUGCGAGAUUCCACAAGUCUUUGCUUCGUUGCGAUAUCUCGACCAAACAUGCGAGCGAGCACGACGCGAUCGACGGAAUGACGCCUGGCCGUACCUUUCGAUACAUAUCCUUUGCAUUCUUUGUGCAGUCAUUCGAGUUUAUACAAAGCUGUUCAUUGUCAGGAAGAUUUCGCCUGAAGAUUGGCUGUCGCUUACUUCUCUUGUUAUUUACAUCGUGUACUUUGGCAUUGGACACCAUGCGUUGAUGUCGGCAUUUGGGCAAGAUAUUUGGUGGGUCAAUGCCGAUGACCUAUCCCAUGCACUCAAGCUGUUCUGGAUCGACUGUCCUGUCUACACUCUCCUUCUCGGAAUGACAAAAGUCACAAUAAUCCUGUUCUAUAUCCGUCUGUGUCAUGUCUAUACGCUAUUUUGCCACCUGUGUUGGGCUUGCAUUCUUAUCAUCAGUCUAAGCACAGGCGUUUUCAUGUCACUGAAUAUCUUCCAAUGCACGCCGAUACGAUGGAACUGGGACCGAUUUAGUGGGGAAGAUGCCGACUUUUGGUGCAUGGACUUGAACAAGUUGCAGUGGUCAAUUAACAUCACCAAUAUCGUUUUUGAUGUCGUGGUGCUGGUGCUUCCGAUUCCGCUCAUAUGGAAAACGAAAUCAACUUUUCGUCGAAAGCUCGGCAUCGUCUUGAUGUUCAGCCUCGGAGUCGUCGUUCUUGUCGCGAGCUGUCUCAAAAUGCGCUACAACGUUCUCUACGGCCACUCCAACAACAUCACAUGGGACUACAUGGACCUAAUGGUAUGGGCCGGAAUAGAAAGCUCCGUCAGUAUCGCAGCGCCAUGCUUGCCAACAGUUCGAUUGUUCCUGCACAAAGUGUUCCCUACCUCGUUCGGGCGAAUAUUCGCAUUUGGGUCGCACGUUGAGAGGACACUGGAUCAAGAGAUAAAGGAGGAGGAGGAAGAGGUUGCGCAGUGGGCGGCUGAUGUUGAGAUGACCGGCAUCUCGGGGGUUGGUGUUGCAAGACCGAGACGAGCAGCGAUAAGUUUGGGGGAAGGAUUUGGAGACGGGAGGAGGACGAAAAAGAAGAGGGCUAUGACGGAAGCAAGUCGGAUCUUGAGGAGCGUAGAUGAGAUACCCCUGUCACCGUAGUCACCCGUAGAAUAUGGAUUAACUUUCUU